UUUUCAGUACUGUGUCUGCUUCUAACUCUUGUCCAGGAGUGACUCUGUUGGUGUGACGAGCUCUUUGCAGCUGUAAGGUCACCCAGGGAACGGGCACAGGGGGACUGGGCUGCCAGUCAUACAGCCAGGUAAUCCUGCCAUGCCAAAGCACUGUGACAGCGUUACAGGUGUUGUAAAGAAAUGUAAAUUGUUCGCACUAAGCUGCAGUGGCCUGCUGUGGAUGUGUUCACUGGCUUUCAGUAUAGGGUUUUAUUUACUCCUGUAUAAGUUAUACCUCUUAAUGCAAUAGGUAGAAGCUAAAUUCUAAAAGCUCCAUUCUGACCCAUCAAAUGCUGGAGCUUUGUGUUUCUAUGUGCAUGGCUUAUUGUUUAUACUGAUUCUUCAUUGAGGAAAAAUGAAUGUUGGUGUUGAAGGACAUGCAGCUGCAGUGCAGCUUUCACUGUGCUGCUUGCAAGGUCAAAAUAAAUGUACUGGGUAAAAGUGGGAUAGGGAGGUACUCGAGACAUUACGUGGGUGGUUUACCCCUAAAAAUUUCUGUGGAGAGGAUUGUUUCACUGCCCUGCAGAAACUCAGACUAAUAGAUGUGUAAGAUGGAUGAUCACGUCUGAACUGCGCUCCUCGAGGCCCCAUCUCCUGUUUUUUCUUCACGUGCUCAUUUGUCAGCACGUUGUCAAACCUUCAAUUAACGCGUCACUGGCAGCUCCGCUCACCCUCACUCUCUCCCUUCAGCCCCGUCGGGUCCUUUCCCCUCCUGGGCAGGGCGCUGCCCACGCACACACAGCCCUCCCUCCCGUGCUCAGCCAGAGUGGAGACAAAAUAAAGCGCUCCUGUCCAUCAGUCCUUUCCUCCUCAGAGAGGUCAGCGAGUCCCUGCUGCUUUUCCUGCUGCAGGGCUGGGCCAGGGCACGUAGCAACUGCUCAGCUAAAUUAAUUCAUUGCUGAACACCCCCACGGGUGUGGCUGCCACGCACGGGGCAAAAUCCUCCCAGCACAGGGCUGCAAGGGAAACUGGCUCCCUUUGUCAGGGCCACCAAAGAUGGCCAAGCAAAGUAAUCCCAAAUUACCCACUGCAUCUGCACAGUUUAUUUUACAUUUACCCGUUACCUGGAAAACUGGAAGAAAAAAGUCCACAUGUUCACUGAGGACUUUGUGGCCAUGUGUUUGCUGUAGCCUUUUGGUGAAUCGACCGUGCCCCUGGUCUGAUACAAUGUGAGAAUAAUCAGAUGUCUGAAGUAUUUUCUCUACGUGUUCCUUUAUCUUUCUGUCCCUCUAUUCCAUUCACUUUAAAAAUAAUACACUAAUUCAUUCUUUCCAAAUUCAGUUUACAUGAGAAUCUUCCUGUAAUAAUACCUUUUAUUUCCCAUUUCCUCCUCUAGCACACCCAGAGCUGAGCAGAGCACUUUUAGUAAAGAUCCUUGUACCCAUAGUUGUUAUCCUCUCCUUUCCACGUACAGUUUGGAGGCGCUCAGGGAACACCCCUUCAUGCCCUGUGAGGGAAUUAAUCUUGAGCACAAGGUAAUCUUGAACAAGUGUAAUUACAUCUCACAUCAAACACUUGCACACGUACAAUGGAUGAGCCGCAGGGAGCAGAACUGCGGGGGUGGGAGGGACUGCAUAUAUAGGGUUACAGUCACAGGGUUGGCAAGGAGAGAGCAGCAAAAUCAUAGAAAGCAGCGUGGCUGGGCUGUGAUCUGAUCUAUCUGCCUUUUGGGAGAGGUCAGGUUUGCCAGCUGACUGAACCUGAAGGCACUGCCCAUCUGAGCUCGGGGAUCUGCAGCCACGGGAGAGUGACAAUUGCAGGCAAGUUUAGAUUAGACUUAAGUUAUCUAGAGCAGGAGAAAAGAGCUGCCUGGAGCAUGCCAGAUUUCUGUAUAAAAUUGUAAUUAUGUAUAAAUUUAAUGUACAUUGUAUGUUUUCAACUUUAACAAAUUGACCAACUAGAAGCCAAACUUGACGUUUUGGAGCGAGAAUUCAUUUCACACAAGCAGAGCAACCACAGAAACAAUCUCUGGAGAUGUUCUGCAGAUAUUUGUCCUUCUUUGGUCUGUGUCUUUUCCUUCCAACCCAAAGCAGGGGCUCCCUGGGCCACGUACCCAGCUCGCACAGCAGCGACACAACAUCCCUGCCUGGAUUUGAGAACCUCACCGUGGGAUACAACAAAUACCUGCGGCCCUACUUUGGUGGAAAACCUGUUCAAAUUGCAAUGAGCCUGGACAUUGCGAGUAUUUCCAGCAUAUCCGAGAGCAACAUGGAUUACACCGCUACCAUCUCCCUGCGGCAGCGCUGGACGGACCCCCGGCUGGUCUUCCACGGCAACAAGAGCUUCACGCUGGAUGCUCGCCUGGUGGAGCUGCUCUGGGUGCCAGACACCUACAUCGUGGAGUCCAAGAGGUCCUUCCUGCACGACGUCACCGUGGGCAACCGCCUCAUCAGGCUGUUCUCCAACGGCACCAUCCUGUACGCCCUGAGAAUCACUACUACUGUUGCCUGUAACAUGGACCUGUCAAAAUACCCCAUGGACACACAAACAUGCCGACUGCAGCUAGAAAGCUGGGGCUAUGACGAAAACGAUGUCACCUUCACGUGGCUGAGAGGAAACGACUCCGUCCAUGGCAUGGAGAAGCUGCGGCUCUCUCAGUACACGGUGCAGCGUUACCACACCCUGGUCUCCACCUCACAGCAGGAGACAGGCAGGUACCCACGCCUGAUACUACAGUUUGAGCUGAGAAGAAAUGUGCUUUACUUCAUUUUGGAGACCUAUGUGCCCUCCACUCUGCUCGUCAUGUUGUCCUGGGUUUCUUUUUGGAUCACAUUGGACUCAGUGCCUGCAAGAACCUGCAUUGGAGUUACAACAGUGCUUUCCAUGACGACUCUGAUGAUCGGCUCACGGAGUUCACUUUCAAAAACCAACUGUUUCAUUAAGGCCAUUGAUGUUUAUCUUGGCAUCUGCUUCAGCUUCAUCUUUGGUGCCCUUGUGGAAUAUGCAGUGGCUCACUACAGCUCAUCACAAAAGUGUGCAGCUAAGGUACCUCAAGAGGGGCCAGCAAAUGAGCUCACUAAAGAAAUGGAAGAAGUCAACAUCACUAACAUCCUCAACAAUUCCAUCACCAGCUAUAAACAGCAAAUCAGCUUCACGAGCAUUGAGAUUUCCAGUGAUAAUGUUAACUGCAGUGACCUGGCUAUGAAAAGUCAUGAGAAAAUCAAAUGCGUCUUGAGGAACAAAAUGCACAGGAUUAUUGGUUAUUUCACAAUUCAGAACCCUGGCAAUGUGGACCACUACUCCAAAUUGCUUUUCCCUUUGUUUUUUAUGCUGGUCAAUGUGUUUUAUUGGGCUUACUAUCUCUAUUUUUAGUAGAAAGUAGUUGCUUCAUUCUCCUGCUUCAGCAGGAAAGGAGUCGAGCCGAUGGGUGUCCAGGUAUCUAACAUCAGUGAAUUCAGCGUGGACAAAAUGCUUGUGUCCUGGGGUACCCAGACUGUGUGAGGUGUGCAGGAUCAACACUGACUCUGGACAGCAGCUGCUCAGCUGGGUGGCUGUGCUGGGCCCCUGUGCUCGUACCUGUGUUUCAUUCCAGCACCUCACCUGGCCGGAGAUGGGCGUGCAAGGACUGCACUGACAGACCGCUACAAGUGGCAGAAUUAUUCUAGUAGCCUGGCAGCAGGCUGGAAUCUUCAAGUUUAGAUCACCAAGAGGAUGUGUGGGAUUAUAGCUGCUAUUCUUUGUUUGCCAGAGAUAACAGAGGGGCUGUGAUCGCUUCCUCAAUAGCUGCUGUGUUGCGGUGAGAGCCGGAGCGCAUCAGCACUCUGUGUGCUGUGUGCUGUGUGCUCAGGGAUGUUCCUGGGCCUGGUGCUUCCUGGGGACACGCAGUGCCAGGCUGGGGAUUGCCCUGCUGCUGGCUGUGGUGUGCCUCAGUGCUUCUAACACCUGCCACUCGCUGAGGUGAUCCUUUUGUUUUCAGAGAUUUGGGAACGCAAAAUAGAGGCAGCAAAGCCGUUUGGUAACCCAGCUCUUAUAGCCCUCCUGCUGUGCUGCAGUUGAACAGAUUCUACCAACCACCUUCCAUGUCUUCCUCACACAUUGUUUUUCAUCCUGGAGAGUUUUUCCUUCAGCUUUCACUGCUAUCAGCAGCUCUCUCCUUUCUUGCCAGCCGUAGGCUCGAGUGGCCCAUUUGUCACCCCCUCUUUUAUGUGGCUGUGCAGCUGUGGCAAGUCAGUGCUGCUGGGUGAAAAACAGGCGUGGGCUGAGGGUGGGCAGUCUAAAUCACCCUUUCACUCUCUAUUUUGGGCUGGAAAAGUGUUCCCUUUUUGCAGAAAUUCAGAUUCUAAGUGGGCUCUGGAAACUACCCAAGGUCAGCUUUGUUUAUCCCGCAAUCAGCAGGACCCAGAGCUUUCUUUUACAGGUAAAUUAAAUGUGGCACACACACAGUUAUGUCCCAUUUGGUACUGUGCAGCUUAAGGCUACUGGAAGUCUUUAUUUCCUGGUUAUAAAAUUAACAUUUUAUGGCAGAUUCCCCCCUGAAUGGACCAUGCUACUCUCAGAACUGGGAGGGGGUAAUCCUGGAGUUAUACUGGCAGGACUGGAACUGCCUGCAAUGGCCACCAUUCAGCACAGUGAGGCCUCUCAGCAGGCAGCUUUUAUUACAGUCUUAGCAGUGUUUGCUUAGUGUAAGAAUCUCUUACUGGGGGUUCCUCCACAAGGUGGGCAGAGCACACAAAACUAUAGAUUUUUUACUUUAAUAACUUUUUAUUGAACCACUUCACUGCACUAUAUUGUGAGGGAUCUAAACCUCAUAUUCAUAAAUCACAGCUUUUACAAAAAGCAGCACGAGAAAACAAAGGGGAACAGACUGACAAUGGCAAGUGAAUAAACACAAACUCCAAUAAUGAAAUGUUGUCUUGUAUAUACUGGCAUUUAAAGUCCAUUCCAUAAAAUGUAAUAAAGUGAAUGUUUGUGAUAUGAACACAAUCC